AUGGACUGGGAGCAACUUGAGUUGAAUCCAAGAAUUAUUGCUGCUGUGAAGAGAGCCUCCUUGAAAUCGGUGAAGGACAUCCUUAGCCUGUCGGGUCCUGAUUUGCAAAGACUAACUCACCUUUCAAAAACUGAUGUGCAGCACUUGCACACUGUUGUAGCAGUUGCUUACCGCAAGACACCACCUAUAACAGCCUUACAGUUAUAUCGUGGAGAACAUCCGUCUUUGGAGCAAGGCCGCCUCCUCUCUUUGUCUUGCCCUGUUCUGGAUGCUUUACUACGUGGCGGCCUUCCACUGUGUGGUAUAACAGAGUUAGCUGGAGAGAGCGCUGCGGGGAAGACGCAGUUUGGUCUGCAGCUUUGCUUGUCAGUCCAGUAUCCACAAGAUUACGGAGGACUUGGCUCAGGAGCUGUGUAUAUCUGUACAGAGGACUCUUUUCCUAUUAAAAGACUACGACAGCUCACGUCCCAGCUGUCUCGACUCAGGCCAGAGGUCCCUCAGGCUGUGUCGCGUGGCAUAUCCUUCACUGAUAACAUUUACAUCGAGCACACGGCUGACCUGGGUGCACUACAGACAUGCAUUUCCCAGCGUUUGCCAAUUCUCCUGUCACGGGGUCUGGUCAGGCUGAUAGUCAUAGACUCAGUGGCAGCUCUGUUCCGUGCUGAGUUCCAGGCUGGUGAGGCCGCUGAGAGAGCACGUCACCUACUGGCCCUUUCUAGCACUCUCCACCGUCUUAGUCAUUCCUACUGCACACCAGUGCUGUGCAUCAACCAGGUAACAGAUGUUAUUGAUGGGUCAAACCCAGGAAGAUGUGAUUAUGGGCUGGUAGACAGUAAAGUUCUUCCUGCUCUGGGCAUGGCUUGGGCCAACCAGGUGAUGGUGAGACUCAUGCUGAGGAGACUAGAAGGACAAAUCAGGAAAGGAGAUCAGGACAGUGCCCCUCGCAGACUGGAGGUGGUAUUUGCUCCACACCUCCCACAAGCAAGCUGCCUGUGUGGGGUUUGGUUAGAGGGAGUGAGAGGGAUUGCAGAGGAAGACCCUUCAAUACAAUUUCAGACAUCAAUAUAA